AUGUGGUUAGUUAAGGCACUCGAUCUUGAAUAUCUGGUCUUCCUUGGUCACGAUAUCGUAGAUGGCAUCGUUGUGGCCGGGGACCCUGUUGUCCUGGUGGGCCAUAAUGUCCUCGCCGACGAGCAUUUCUUGCUGUGUGGGCCGCUGCUAAUUUCACGCUCCCCGCCCCCGCCCACGUUGCCCCUGAGGUGCAUCAUUGAGGGGGCAGAGGAGGCAGUUCAGACCCACGAUAGAGUCUGCCGCGAGGACCGGCAGAUCUGGUAUACAGAUGGAAGCGGCUAUCAGGGGAUGAUCGGAGCCGCCGCGGUCUCUAUUCGAGCAGGAAGGACCGCCAGGAAGCAUCUAGGAACGGAACUGGACUCUACGGUCUACGUGGGGGAGUUGGAAGGGGCCCGAAUGGCCCUGGAUCGGGCGAAGCCUACCCCGAUUACGACCUUCUCAGAUAGCCAGGCAGCUAUUCAAGCUGUGCGCAACCCUGGCCGGCCAUCGGGCCAGUACGCACUGCGGGCUAUUUACGGGAGGGUUAGGGCCCUGCGGAGCGAGGGCCUGGAGGAUGCUGAACUGCGUUAG